AUGGAGAUAGACAGAGACCAUGGUCGUUCACCAAGCCAAUUAAGACCUCUCUCUUGUUCUCGCAAUGUACUCCACCGUGCCCAUGGCUCUGCAAGUUGGUCUCAAGGGGAGACAAAGGUUUUAGCUGCUGUUUAUGGACCUAAAGCUGGAACAAAGAAGAAUGAGAACCCUGAGAAGGCUUGCAUUGAAGUUAUUUGGAAGCCUAAAACAGGACAAAUUGGAAAACUGGAAAGGGAAUAUGAGAUGAUAUUGAAGAGGACUUUGCAAAGUAUCUGCAUUUUGACUCUGAACCCAAACACCACAACAUCAAUUAUAGUUCAGGUUGUUAAUGAUGAUGGUGCUCUUCUAGUCUGUGCCAUAAAUGCAGCAUGUGCUGCCCUUGUAGAUGCUGGAAUUCCUAUGAAGCAUCUUGCUGUUGCAAUAUGUUGUUGUUUGGCUGAAAGUGGAUAUGUUAUAUUGGAUCCUACCAAGUUAGAAGAGCUGAAAAUGAGGGGAUUUGCAUAUUUAGUCUUCCCAAACUCAGUUCUCUCAGUUCUGCCCGAAGGUUCAUCACUUGUGGAAGGUGAACCUAUGGAAAAUGGAAUCAUCACCUCUGUCACCCAUGGUGUAAUGUCAGUGGAAGAAUAUCUCAAAUGUUUAGAACGAGGGCGUGCAGCCAGUGCAAAACUGUCUGAUUUUCUGAGGAGGAGCUUGCAAUCACAACUUUCAAAUGACUCAUCCAAAGCUGCGUAA